AUGACGAAGCUGCUUCGGCGGCUCCUCGUCCUUGCAGCCGUGAGCCACCAUGUGGACGCGAUAACGUUCAAGACGGCAGCAAGGGCUCCAGUCCAGAAGGUCCGGGAGCUCUUGCAGGCCAUGAGGCAAGAGAUGGCCGAGGAUGCCGAGCGCGAUGAAGCUGUGCAUGAGAAGCAGGCCUGCUGGUGCAACUCGAACAUCUAUGCCAAGCAGUCUGCAGUCUCGACCAACCAAAACCAAAUUGCAGCCUUGACCAGCAGCAACAACAGGCUCACAGCAGACACGGCCCGCUGGACAUCGGAGUCUGAGCAGAUGACGAAGGACAUAUCAGAUGCCGAGGCGGAUAUGGUAUCUGCAAAAGAGCUGCGCCAGGGCCAGCAGCAGGCCUUUGAAAA